AUCUUGCACUCACCCUCAGUCCCUUUCCACUUGUUCUCUCUCUCUCCUCUAAAACCCCACACCCUCUCUUCUUUCACUGUGGAUGAAUGGACACCAUCUUCUUCAUCUGAACCCUAAUUUUCUCACUUCUCUCAAAACUUCAUCCAAUCCCUAAUAAUCUCUAGCGGAUACACUCCUGGAUUCGCCCGCCAUGGAUCCCCGCCGAAUCCAGCGGGCCGUGAUCGAUCCCAAGGUUCGUCAGGUAGGAUUCUUCGCACCUGGAGCUGCUCCCAACCGGACUAUGUCCAGUCCACCGGGUCCCUCUUCUUCUUCACCUCUCAUUUCAGACAUCUCGCAGUCAGGAAACAAUCUAUCUCCUGUCAUGAUUCCCCCGCCGCGUCAUCUCUCCGACGUUUCCCGUCAGGUUCAAUUUCCAAUCGAUCCGCUCUCGCCUCUCCGAAGACCUACCGCUAUUGAAUCUAAUUCAGUCGGAAGUUACAAUCCUACGGAGUUUAUCUCGCCAAGAGAAUUCCCCGAUGAUGCUCCGUCACCAGGAGGUCAUCAAAGAGGACAUUUUGGAAAACAUGCUUAUUCUCUCCCUAGUGCAGGAUUUGAUUACCCUGCUAUGAAACCAAAUACUCCCCCUCCGGCGAGUAGUUUGACGACGGUGUCCGUGGUGAAUCAACUGCCUCCAGGAGUAUCUGAUUUCUCUGAUAAGAGAGACUCAAAAGCAUCAAUUGUAGAGAAAGAAGGAGGAGGAGUAUCAACUGAUAUUCAAAAUGAUCGACCAUCAGGGCCAAAGCCCCCAAAAGAGAAACUCUCUAAGGCUGAAAGGCGCGCCAUUCAAGAGGCUCAACGUGCCGCAAAAGCUGCUUCAAAAGGUGAAGGAAAAUCGGCAGUUGCUUCAACUUUGGAAAAUGCAAAGGCUCCUAAAACUGUGAAACCACAAGCACAAAGGAAGGAAAAUUCUUCUCCAGCCUCUGUGCCUGAAAGAAAAGGAAGUGAUCUUCCUGCUGAUAAAGAUAGAAAGAAAGAUGUACCUCAUCCACGGAUGCAAUUUGAUGAUAAGAGUCGAGUGGAGAAAGCCAAAAAGCGGGCAGUUGUUAAACAAACCGAGGCCAGGAAUAGAGUUGAAUUAUUCAGGCACUUGCCUCAAUACGAACAAGGAUCUCUGCUACCUGAUCUUAGUUCAAAACUGUUUCAACUCGAUACAGUUCAUCCAGCAGUUUACAAGGUUGGUCUGAUGUAUCUAGCUGGAGAUAUUUCCGGUGGAAAUGCACGCUGUAUAGCAAUGCUACAAGCAUUUCAAGAGGCGAUUAAGGAAUACUCAACCCCACCAGAAAAGGCUCUUAUUAGAGAUUUAACCACAAAAAUUAAUUGCUACGUCUCGUUUCUAAUCGAAUGCAGAUCCCUAUCAAUCAGCAUGGGCAAUGCCAUUAGGUUUCUUAAGACCCGAAUAGCUAAAUUAUCCUCCACAUUGUCAGAAUCAGAAGCCAAGGCAACUCUUCAAUCAGAUAUCAACAAUUUCAUUAGUGAGAAGAUAAUACUAGCAGAUAAGGUGAUAGUAAGCCACGCUGUGACAAAAAUUAGGGAUGGGGAUGUUCUUCUCACAUACGGUUCAUCCUCCGCCGUUGAGAUGCUUUUCGUACAUGCACACGAUCUCGGGAAGCAGUUUCGUGUUGUAAUUGUGGAUUCGAGGCCGAAGCUUGAAGGAAGACUAUUGCUUCGUAGGUUGUUGGGGAAAGGUGUUAAAUGUACUUACACGCAUAUAAGUGCGGUUUCUUAUGUUAUGCAUGAAGCAACUAGGGUUUUUCUUGGUGCUUCUUCGGUAUUUGCAAACGGGACUGUUUAUUCUAGGGUUGGGACAGCUUGUGUUGCUAUGGUUGCUCAUGAGUUUAGAAUUCCAGUCAUUGUUUGCUGCGAAGCAUAUAAAUUUCAUGAGAGAGUGCAACUUGAUUCGAUUUGUUCCAAUGAACUCGGUGAUCCUGACGGUAUUGCAAAGGUUCAUGCGAAAGAGGAUAUGAGCAAUUUAGACAAUUUGGCUAAGAGUGAGAACUUGCAGCUUCUAAAUCUUAUUUAUGAUGCUACACCUUCAGAAUAUAUUUCCAUGAUUAUCACAGAUUAUGGCAUGGUUCCACCCACUAGUGUUCCUGUGAUUGUGCGAGAAUAUGGUAGGGAACACUUCUGGGUAUAAUAGACAGACGAGAGAAAGAGCACGAGAAACCCAUCUCCCAAGUUUUGUGUUUGUUGUAACGUCGUUGUUUUAGUUCUUGCUGAGUUGAUGAAUGGGGGAAUGGGAAUAUGGAAAGGAGGGCUCUGUUUUUUUGUUCUUUUUUCUAGAAUAAAAAUGCGUUUAUGGUGUCUUUUUACUUGGAUUGAACUCGAUAUAUACUCUUAUUUUUUUUGUUUGUGUACCUGACUCAGAGAAGAGUGCGACAUUGUAGUACGCCUCUCCGGGCAGUUUGAAUUGAGGAACACAAUUGUUUUUGUUUUUAUUUUCUGGGUUUGUUUUGAAAUUGUUAUGAGAAGCUCCGGCAGAAACAUUUUAUUUGUUUAUGAAAGGAUUUAUGGAAGUUCAGGUCAGAUUUUUGUGA